UAUGUCUAGUUUUCUCUUCAAUACUUUGAAUCUUCCUCCACACACAAAAAUGACAACUGUCGAAAAAAAACGGAAAACUUCCGCAAAAGGUGCUAAAAUAAGCACAAAAGCCAUCACAAAAGAAGAUGAAGUGCCUAAAACAAACGACUCUGCUGUUGAGCAAGUCGAAGGCGUUACUUUUAAAGAAUUGGGAGUGAUCGAUGAGAUUUGUGAAGCCUGUGAGAAGCUUAAUUUCAAGGCCCCGUCAGCGAUUCAAAAGGAAGCGAUUCCUGCUGCUUUGAAGCAACAAGAUAUCAUUGGUCUCGCUCAAACUGGUAGCGGAAAGACGGCUGCCUUUGCUAUCCCUGUUAUUCAAGCCCUUUGGGAGAACCCGUGUCCUUUUUUUGGCGUCGUUUUAGCCCCUACUAGAGAGCUGGCAUACCAAAUUUCCGAACAAUUCGAAGCUUUGGGCGGUGCUAUGGGUGUUAAAAGUGUUGUUAUCGUUGGUGGAAUGGAUAUGGUAACUCAAGCAGUGGCUAUAUCAAAGAAACCACAUAUCCUUGUUUGUACCCCUGGUCGUUUAAUGGAUCAUUUGGAAAAUACAAAAGGUUUUAGUCUCCGGAAUCUAAAAUACCUUGUUAUGGACGAAGCAGAUCGUCUUUUAGACAUGGAUUUCGGUCCAAUUAUUGAUAAAAUCCUGAAGGUUAUCCCCAAGGAGCGACGCACUUUUUUGUUUUCUGCUACGAUGACCAGUAAAGUUGAAAAACUUCAGCGUGCAUCGCUCCACAACCCUGUACGUAUCGCAGUGUCUUCAAAGUUUAGUACUGUGGAUACACUUUUGCAAAAGUACUUAUUCUUCCCUUUUAAACACAAGGAUACCUAUCUUGUUUACAUUGUAAACGAGAUGGCAGGUCAGUCAAUGAUCAUCUUCACGCGAACGGUGAACGAUACACAGCGAGUUGCCAUAUUAUUGCGUUCUCUUGGCUUUUCAGCCAUUCCGCUUCAUGGUCAACUGUCACAGAGUAGUCGUUUGGGAGCCUUGAACAAGUUCAAGUCAGGCGCUCGGUCCAUUCUUGUAGCUACAGAUGUAGCUGCUCGUGGUUUAGAUAUUCCCCUAGUGGAUGCUGUUAUUAAUUACGACAUACCGACCGAUUCAAAGGCUUACAUUCAUCGGGUUGGUCGAACUGCUCGUGCGGGUCGUUCUGGUAAAUCCAUCGCUUUGGUAACACAGUAUGACCUGGAACCGUUUUUACGUAUUGAAGCUGCCAUUCAAAAAAAGAUGGAAGAAUACGACGCACCAAAAGAAGAUGUCUUGCUCCUUUCGGAACGUGUUGGUGAAGCACAGCGCGAGGCCAUCAUUCAAAUGAAGGAGAUUCAUGAAAAGAGGAAGAUGAAAGGAAGGGGAAAAGGCAAACGCAAGCAUGAUGAUAUGGAUCGGGAAGAACAAAUAGAUUGAGAAAACUGAAGUCUUACUUCUAAAAAGAAUUCUUAACAUGUGAAGGAAACAAUACCUAAAAAAGCACGAUCAUUGCAAGGUUGAAAUUUUGCCUUAUUUGUUUAAAAGUUUAUUUUGAUGCAUUUUGUUAAUCAAUGGAAUGGGGUUUGAUACAUAACUGGUGGUCGUAAUUAAUUAACG